GAACAAACUAGUUAUCAUAUUGAGUGAAUGACAUAUCUAGAUUACAAAUUAUGUUAUAUAUAACUAUAUAAGUUUCAGCUGUUUGAAAAGAGUGGAACAAAAUUUACAUGUUCAAAAAAAUGCGUAUUAGUUUGUUAGUGUUGCUUUUCACAACUUAUUCUUAUUCAUUUGGGGUGAAAGAGAGUGAUGAUUUAUUAACUAAACUCAUCAGAGGUAAUGGAUAUCCUUUAGAAGUUCACGAAAUUGAAACAGAAGACGGUUACCUCCUGAACUUAUAUCGCAUACCACACGGCAGAUAUCCCUCACAGAAUCGUACAGCGAAUCGCUCUCCUGUCCUGCUUAACCAUGGUUUGGGAGGUUCUGCUGAGAAUUUCGUUUGGAUAGGUUCCUCUAGGUCGAUAGCUCUCCUCUUAGCAGACGACGGUUAUGACGUAUGGAUGCUGUGCUCCCGAGGUACUUGGCACUCAACGAAACAUAAGACGCUCAAGCCAGAUAAGGACCUAGCUUAUUGGCAGUUCACAUGGCAUGAAAUAGGGGUAUACGACACACCUGCCUCAAUAGAUUAUAUCCUGCAGAGAACAGGUGAGAAAAAUUUGCACUACGUUGGACAUUCUCAAGGCACUACCAGUAUGUUUGCCAUGGCCUCAGAUCGUCCCGAAUAUAACGACAAAAUCAAGGUCAUGGUAGCUUUAGCACCGUCUGCUCUCCUUCAUGAAAUAAAGCAUCCUAUACGUCUAGUGAUACCAAUCUACGAAAUUCUUCGGGCACUUACCAACGCUUUAUUGAUCUACAAAAUUCCACCUUACAUAUCCACUUCCACUUUCAUUGCAGUAUUUCGGGAAUUUUGUAGGUUCACCCCGAAUUUCAUCUGCAAAUAUAUCCUGUUCAGCGUAGCUGGAAUUGAACAAGAACAAUUCAUAGAGGAAUUAUCUGGAAUUUUCACCUCUGCUUUUCCAGCAGGAUUGUCAGUACACCAAUUGUAUCAUUAUGCACAGGUUGUAAAAUCACAUGAAUUUGGCAGAUACGAUUGGGGAGAAGCCUUAAAUCUGGAGAAGUAUGGUUCAAAAAUACCAGGGAGAUAUCAAAUCGAGAAGGCCACUUUUCCUGUGGCCCUCUACUAUGGAGAAAAGGAUUUGUUCAUUUCCUUGAAGGAUAUAGAAUCCUACAAGCAAGUUCUACCAAACAUCGUGCAAUCCUACAUGGUACCUUACGAAGAUUGGACGGACAAUGAUUAUAUCUGGGCAAGAGACAUCAAAACACUACUGAACAACGAUGUAUUGAGAGUGAUGGGAAAGUUCAAAUAGCAAUAAACAUCUAGUGAAUUUUAA